AAGGAAAAGGAAGAUAUACAGAGAAGGAAACAGCUUGAAAGGGCAGAAAGAAACAGGCUAGCGGCAUUGAAGAAGUUGCAAGCUAAGGCUGCCAAGCAAGCAUCAAGUCAAGUGAUGGCAGAUGGAAGUUCCCAAAGGCCAGCAAGUCAAGUGUCCCAGCAACCAAGCCAAGACUCACAUAGGAGCAAUCUAUGAAGAGUAGGGUGUAGAAUUUUGAAGCCAUUCAUGUCUAUUGUAGUGCUUGGUUAGGAGGACAAGCAGAAUGGCUGUUUUGUUGACUAUUUUGAAGUCAUUCAUGUAUAUUGUAGUGCUUGGUUAGGACAAGCAGAAUGGCUGUCUUGUAAUCGUAUGUUGAACAAAUUGUUGAACUUUAGGGGGACCAGCAAUGGUAGUUAAUGGCUGCUGUAAAACAGUUCCAGGUGUUCAGCAAAGUUUUUGGCUUUUGGUUAAAUUCAUGUUCAGCAGGUUAUGGUUG